UGUCACUGUGACAAGAAGAAGAAGUUCAGCGGAAAAAGUGGCAAAACAACAAACACAAAUCAUUGAAGAGUUUUUUCAAUACAAUUUAAGAAUUAUUGUAUUACAUUGCAAAACGUCAUUUACCUUUUUAGUGCAUUACAGUUGCUCGCGAGCGGGGCGGCAUGUCGGUACACUUCGACGAGAGGAGUGGGCUGGUGCCCUGUCAGACAAGCUGGGGCUCAUGGAGCCAAACCAUGGAGGAGGUGUUCAUCGAAGUCAACGUGCCCCCCGGGACGUCGGCUAAAGAAGUCAAGUGUCAUUUGGGAGCAAGAGAUAUCGAGCUCAACCUCAAAGGGACAGAAAUAAUCAAGGGCAGAUUGUUCGGCACAACUGUGUCUGAUGAGGCUACGUGGACACUCGAGGACAAAUGUCUCAUUCGAAUUGUGCUGAUGAAGACAAACAGAGAGGCAGGAAACUGUUGGUCGUCUUUGUUAGAGGGAGAAUACUGUGCCAAUGCUUGGGUCCAGGACCAGAUGCAGAGAAAGCUCACACUCGAAAGGUUCCAGCGAGAGAAUCCUGGAUUUGACUUCAGUGGCGCAGAGAUUUCAGGAAAUUUUGCUGGAGGCGGUCCAGACUUUUCCAGUUUACAAAAGUGACCUGCACAAAAACUCAUAUUGUGGAUGUCAGGUUGGCCUAAUGACCGCUAUUGCUGGUAUCACAGCACACAGGACAUAUGGGUCUCAUAAUGUAAAGACUUUCAGUGUCAAUACACUGUGAAUAUCCCACCAGUCUCUUCCUGAUGGUGAACAAAUGAUUUGACAGAACUUGAGCCCAUUAAGAAGCAGAGUAAUAGUUGUUCCCUUUUGACACAUUGGUGUUGCUUUUGAAACCACAAGAAUGCACUCAUUCAUUUUUCAAUAAAGUUUUAUUGAAAGGUACAA